UCGUCUUUUUGAGAGAAGGAAGUGGUAGAAAUGGCUGCGGACAAUCUGAGUGCUGUGCUGUACAAACAAGACGAUUUGCGUUUGGAACAACGCGAGAUUGUGAAACCUGGCAAGGGAGAGGUUCAAGUUGCUGUGCACUCAGUUGGAAUAUGUGGUUCUGAUGUGCACUAUCUUCGCCAAGGAAGGAUUGGUGACUUUAUUGUAAAAGCACCAAUGGUUCUUGGCCAUGAAACAAGUGGUACAGUAACUGCUGUUGGAGAAGGUGUCACUUCCCUAAAAAUUGGUGAUCGUGUUGCAGUUGAGCCAGGAUAUCCUUGUAGGAUGUGUGAUUUUUGUAAAGCUGGUCGGUACAAUCUCUGCCCUGAAAUGGCAUUUGCAGCAACACCACCAUGCGAUGGUACUUUGUGUCGUUUCUAUUGUCAUCCGGCUGAUUUCUGUUACAAGUUACCAGAUUCUGUGAGUUUUGAAGAAGGAGCAUUACUGGAGCCAUUGUCUGUUGCUGUCCACGCGUGUCGCAGGGCUGGUAUAACAAUGGGAGAUACUGUUCUGGUUUGUGGAGCAGGUCCUAUUGGAUUGGUGAAUCUUCUCGUCUCAAAGGCCUGUGGGGCAAGUCGUGUUGCUAUAACAGACUUAGAUGAACGACGUCUUGAAAUGGCGAAAAACCUCGGUGCAGAUCUCACAAUUCAAGUGGAGAAAGGAAAGAGUGCUAAAGAGAUUGCCUGUCAUAUUAAACAUCUCUUAAAAGAGGCUCCAAACAAAGUUAUUGAGUGCACUGGAGUCGAAUCUAGUAUUGGUACUGGUGUAUAUGCAGCCAAGUCAGGUGGUGUAGUGGUUAUGGUUGGCUCGGGAAAACCUGAAGUCAAAAUGCCUGUUUUCAAUUUUCGUGCAAGAGAAGUUGAUAUUCGAGGCAUAUUUCGCUAUGCCAACUGCUACCCAACAGCACUCUCUCUUGUUGCUUCCGGAGCGGUGAAUGUCAAACCAUUGGUGACGCAUAGAUUUAAACUGGAGGAAAGUAUAAAAGCUUUUGAAACGACAGAGAAAGGAGAGGGCAUCAAAGUUGUCAUCCAGUGCAGCAAGGAAUGAGUUGAUUUAGGAAUAUUAGCUUGAUUUCAUACUGCGAGGAAAUGAUUUAAAAAGUGAUUCGAAAUGAUCUUCGACAAGAAUUAUAGCAGAACUGAGCAUCGAUUCCAUCAUAAAUUAUUGAUGGUUGAUUUCUGAACCAAUUGUAAUGAAAUAACAAUACCACUUGGAUCAUGGAUCAUACAAUUCUGGACGGAAAAACCAUUUGGUAAUAGUUCUACAAGAUUACUACAAUGACACAACAGUUGAAGACUUUGAAUUCCUCGUUCAUCCUCCACGGCUUUAACCAAUCAGAUUGCGUGUCUCACUCUAGUUAUUUUAAUAUUCGAUAUUCUUUCACAAAUGAAAUGUAACAGACCUAGCGAUUGACUUACCCGAGUGUAACAACGUAAUACACUUAUAUAAAAUACGAAAGACCCUGGGUACGAGGUUGGGAUUUUUACAGCGAGUUUGUGUAACUGAAUGUGACGAAUGUGAGAAAUAAGGGGGGGGGGGGGGAGGAAUGUGUUGUAAGCCUUGACCACGAAUUUUUUCUUAAUGGUUUCGUAACUUGAGAGACUGUGGUUCAAAUCCUAAGAAAACUUUCUUUUAUUAUGCUAUUAUCGCGAUGACGAAUGUGCCGCCAUUUUUGGGGUACUUAUUUUUUAAAUUGCGAUCCCAAGACUCUUAAAAAA